CUUGGCCGCCAUAUAGAAGCCAUCCCCAAGCACAACGUGCAAAUACUAACACCAACCAAGGGCGACUACAUCUUCAGCCACUUCUACGACAUCGCCAUCGCCUCCACCAAGCUGUCCAUCCUGGCCCUCUACCACCGCAUCUUCGUCACCCGCUCGUUCCGCCUCGUCGUCGUCGCCACCGCCUGCUUCGUCUGCGCCUGGCUCGUCGUCAUGGAGGUCGUCCUGGGCUUCGGCUGCCGGCCCAUCCAGGCCUGGUGGGACGAGUCGAGGGGCAAGUGCAUCGACAAGGAGGCCUUUACGUACUUUACCAAUGUGACCAACAUGCUGACGGAUCUGUGGAUCUUUAUGAUGCCGAUUCCUGUCAUCCUGGGACUGCAGGCGGCCAAGGAGACGCGGCUGAUCUUGUGCUUCAUGUUUGGGGUUGGGCUGGCGACGUGUGCGAUUAGUGCGGCGAGGCUGUCGUUUGUGUUUGGCGUUGCGUCUGCUGAUUUCACGUGUAAGUGUUGGUAUUUUUCAACGAUAAUGGUUCAUCUCUAUAUCAAUAGAAGUUCAGGGGACGAGGCUUCCUUUGGCAUCCUCUCCGCCUGGGAGCCCUGCGGCGCCAUUCUCUGCGCCAACCUCCCC